AUGGAUCUAGACUUGGGAAGUAUCUUAAAGGCAGAGAUUUCCAAAAAACAAAAGGAGCUAACCUACUCUAAAGAUAGUCAGCCAUUAUCCCAUAAGAGAUCCCAGGUACAGGAAUGUGCAAGAAUUGACGAAAUACCGCGACAAGUAGAACAAGGCGAGAGUGUAAAUGGGGAAGUUUCGUCGGAUGAUCAGUCGGAUGAAGAGUUUAUCACGACGAUUAAUAAAUUAGGAACUCGGCCAGAAAGAAUACUAGAAACCAUAGCUCAGGAUGAAAGUACUUCUACAACUAUCGAUCCGUUUCAGAUUGGAUCAACUGAAGACGAUUUCUCUUUGUCAAUGAAAUGUAAUUUAUAUAUUCACGAAGUAUUAUCUCAUUGGAAGGUAUCCCUAGAAGAAUAUCAUCCGGAGUUGUUUCUAGAUACUAAGAAAGCGCUCUUCCCAUUACUAUUGCAAUUGCGAAGAGGCUCGCUCGGCUCGGAUUUACUGAUUUCCCUUGCUAGUGUUCUUUAUCACUUACAGCAACCUAAACAGACUAACUUGGCCAUUCAGUCUUACAUGAAACUCAGUAUCGGUAAUGUAGCCUGGCCCAUCGGAGUCACCAGCGUGGGGAUUCAUGCUCGCAGUGCUCAUUCCAAAAUUCAAGGAGGCCAAAGUGCUGCUAACAUUAUGAUUGACGAAAGAACAAGACUGUGGAUAACCAGUAUCAAAAGGCUAAUAACUUUUGAAGAAUGGUAUUCCAGCCACCAUGCUAGCCUUGCGUAA